CACGAUGUCUGCAGCCCGUCGGUGUCUGCUUUGUGCGGAACGACGCGGAGAUGUUUGGGCGGACGAGUCAGCUUAGAAACCUAUGAAUAUUUGAGAGGCCAAGGCAGGGAGCCAUGCAGAGUCCAGCCCAGUCAAACAGUGGGCCAAACCCUGUGACCACAGCAACCACAGAGCAACCACUGGACACCAGCACUGACGCUCAGCCAGCACAGAGUGAACCAGAUGCACAAGAAGAGGAGAAUAAAUCAACUUCACCAUCUGGGACUGAAACAGUCGUCACACCGCAGGAAAAUGGGACAGAGAUGCAAACAGAACAAACACCUGCAAGUAUGAUGGUCACACCAGCAGUGGAGAAAGAGCCCGCUGUUCAGCCACUGACAGAGUCCUCAGUUAACACUGCAGGGAUAGAGACAGACUCUGCUACAAAGCCAAGUGCGCCCACAGAAGCGCUACCUGACACAAAUACAAAUCCUGGGUGUGAUGAAAAAAAGGCAAAGAAAUUGGAUAAAGGUGUACGUGAUGGUAGGAAAUAUGUUCCCUCCAAGAAGGCCAUGCUAGAUCCUCUGAAGAUGGACAUGUCCAAACCACUGAUGAUGCCUCUAACAUCAUCUCAGCUCUCCCUGCAGUGUAUGGAGUGUCAUAUAAUCUUCAGUGAUCACAAGAGCAAAGAACGUCACCUGAAGUUGAGUCACCCUGCAGAAUAUGAACAGUGCAUACUGAGGAAUGCCCUUUUCGCCUGUUACGUUUGUGACCGCCAUUUCACAAACUCUACAGAGCUCAUGGUCCACCAGAAAGCCCACACUGAGAAGAAACCCUUCAAGUGUCCCAUUUGUGGCCAGGCCUUCAACAAGUCAUCAGAGCUCACCCUUCAUAAGAAAAUUCAUUUUGGCCAGGAUGGUUAUGCCUGCACUGAUUGUGGCAAACCUUGCAAAACCAUGACAUUGCUGAAGUAUCACCGCCGCACACACACCGGAGAGAGGCCGUAUAUUUGCAAGGAGUGUGGAAAGAGGUUCACCAUGUCCAAAGCUCUGCAGAAACACAUGGUGGCACACUUACCAGAGGGAGGCGAAGGAGAUAAGGAGGACACCACAGCUAAAGCACAACUGAAGAAAGAUGCUGGCGCUUCUACGAUGAAGUAUCCUUGUUCUGUAUGUAAGGCCACUUUCAAGAGUACCAAGACACGGCUACAACACAUGAAAACAAAGCACAAUUUGUUGCCUGCUGCAGCCAGUAAAGCCCUCCCAACUGGGCAGCAAGUGAAACAAAGCACACCCAUCAUAACUCCAAUAUCUAUUUGCCAACCAGCACUACUACAGGUGGAGCCCAAUGGACCACUGCAAAAAGUUGAUGCCAAUAUUGACACAGAACAGAUUCGCAGACUUAUUGAAUCUUUGGGUAAUGUGCAGAAAGUAAAUCAAGUUGUCAUAUUGGGGCAGGUGCCACCUCAUGCCCCACCACUUGAGGUGCAGCAGAUACCACAACUGGCAGAAACUGUGAAUUUGAAUCCACCGCAGAUAGAUUUUAUGGGGCUGAAACAGACUGAAUCUAAGAUAGUUGAACUGGACCCUUCAAACAACCCAUGUGACGCCAUGGAGCAAACAAUUAUACUGGAACCUAUUACUCCAGAUGGACAGUUGGAAAACCCCCAUUUCUCAGAACUGGGUUCCCACAUAGCAGCAGGUGAAAAUAUAGAGCUAACACUUGUUCAGACUGAACAUACAGGGACCCCUGAGGGAGAGGUGAUGCAUCAGAUCCUUCAACAGCCAGAUAUUAGUGUAAUUCAGUCUGAUCCUAUGGAUCAAAUGGUUUGUCAGAAUGAGGUUGAGCAAAACCUUGAGCAAACAGUCAUAUUAGAACUUAUACCAACUGAGGAACUUGAACAAUCCCAAACUGUGCCACAAAAUGAAAUCCCAUCCUCCUCUCUGGUACCAACCACUGACCUGGAGAAGAUUGCAGAUCAGACUGUAUUAGGGCAGCAGGAGAUGAGCCUGUCAGCCCCACCACUUAUGACUGUUGAGCUGGAGCUGACCCCUUUACAAACAGAGCAACAGUGCCCUCCUGCUUGCCCCUUUGUUCCACCAGAUACACUUACACAAACUUCAAUUGAAUCUGAAACUAAUCUCACAGGAGAGGUUGAUUCAAAGAUGCAAACAGUAAGUCUGGACCAGUGCCACCCUGCGAUGGAUGGAGCUGCGCUACAAGAGACACAGGAAAAAGUUGAAAUAGAACCAUCUGAAGAAGCAUCUGAGAAGAUGCUGGUAGAUAGCAAGCAAGGUCAGGAGCAGAUGGAGAACCUGUCUGAAGUAGCUGAUCCACCUGCUAAAGAAGAGGUUCCACAUUUGGAGACAAAACAGGUGCCAAAGAUCUCAGAGUUACCUGUAAAUGUAAUGUCAGCUCAAGAACUGGUGAAAGUGCGGAAACGAAAGCCUGCCAGGGCGUUUAUCUUUCAAGGAUAUAUGCAAGAACUGGCUGCAUCCUUAGACAAGGAUGAUUAUCAAAUUGAUGCCAUACCUGCCAAACGACAAAGAAGAAAAAAGCCUCACCUUGUUGUUAAAUUUGGUCCACAAAGCAAAGAGAAGAAAACCAAGAAACAGAAGAAGCCAUCACAGCAGCGUGAGCAAAGUCAGGAAGAAGUGAUAAGAGGUAAAACACCUGCAACAAAUCUCUCAGAGAAAAAGGUACCAUCACAGAAGAAGGGAGGAAAGGGGAAAAGGGACAAGAAAGCAGAACAUUUGAUAUCUACCACUGAAGUAAAAUCGCCUUCAUCAAAACAGGACCCACAAGAGCAACAAAUCAAAGAGGAUACCAGAAAAAAUAAAAUGAAAAAGAACAAAGAAGUGGCCAAGAAGGGUGUGAUGCGCAUAAGUGAACAAAAAACUGUAGCCUCGCCUGUAUUUAAAAAGAAAAAACAAGCAAAAAUAAUGCGAAAAAAUCAGCCCAAGAAUGCAAAGGUUGGGAAACGAAAGAAAAACUUGGUAAAAGAGGAAAAUACAAGUACAACAACAAGCGCAGCUUCAGCAGACAUAGCUGGUCCACUGAUAACCCAAGACGCUCUACUUCUAUUGAAAGGUCAUAAACAGCCUCAACUAAAAGUUUAUAAGUUAGACCCUUCAAAAGCAUCAGGCCAGACACAGGAGGCCUCACCUCAUGAGGCCCAAACAAAGUCCCAACAGAGCAAAGACAACAAACCCAAAACUUCAACAAGUGAGCCUACAAAUAAUCUCACAUUGAAAGGUAAGAAAAAAGGUGGGAGACCUAAACCGAGCCCGAAAGCUCUUUCAUUGUUGUCCUCACUACAGAUUUCCCGUCAAGCGCCUGAGGCGCUGCCCACCAAGCCAAAGACCACAAGGAAACGUAAAGCCUCCUCAAAAGUGGAGACUGAAGGAGUGAUAACUUCUCAUUCCAAACGUGCCUUAGAGUGUCAGGACUGUGGGGAAAGAUUCAGCGAAGUGUCAUCCCUUCAGAAACACAAGACUAUGGUGCAUAUUAUAGAGAGUCCUGGCCUCACCUACACCAAUGGGAACAUCUUUGAAGGCGUCUCCAGGUUGGAUCUUUACCAACUCCCAAAACAGCAUGAUAAGGUUGUUGGGGUGAUGAAUGCUGCUGCAGACUGGGAUACUGAACCUGAAAUGACAGAAAUGGCAUUAGAGGAGAGAGAGCGAAGUGUAUCUUUCCCAGCUUUAAUUCCAUCCCCAUCUUUUCCUGUUCCUCCUUCAGAUAAUGAAAUAAUUGCCUUUGAAAAUAAGGAUGGAGGUGAAACAGGAGCAGAUGAUCAAUCUCAUACCUCUCCAGAAGUUCACUCACCAUCAAAUCAAAUGAAAACCAGAGAGACCUCUCCAAACUUUACAUCUGAAUCUCCUUUAAGUACCUCUACUCAGACAAAGAAUUCAGAGACAGGAGAGCCUUUGGCAUCAGACAAGGGCAAGCUAGAAGAUAUCCCGAUGAAUCCCAGCUCAGAAUCUGAAGUCCAGGGUAGCAUAGAUGAGGACAUUAAGGAGGAUCUACUUCUUGAGGUAGAUUUAGUCACUGUUGGGGAGCAGAAUGAGAGAGAUGAACCAGCCUCUCCUGAAGAUACUGUCCCCCAAAACGAAGCGAGGGGAACUUGCAGCUCUGAGGGUGGAAGUGCUGGCGAACUCCCUGGGCAAGUUAGUAAUGAAACAACAGCUGGAAAAGUUCUGACUUCGCAGACUGUGUCAUGCUCUACUAAUCAGGAGGAGAUCAAAGAGGAGGAGGACGAAAUGUUAGUCCAAAAGAAAAAAGGGGGUAAAGGAGCUGUUUUGAGGAAUGCUACAAGGGGUCAUAGAAGAGGAGCAGGCCGUCUAAAACGGGAUGCGAUAUCAAGAAGAGUUUCAGUAGGAGAUACUGGAGAAACUGUAUCAGAGAAAGAACAAGAUGAAUGUCAGGUAGUGUACGAAAAACGUCCCAUCAGCUCUGAUUCAGAAGUCAAUGAUGAGGGCGAGACCAGCUCAAAGACUUCACAGCCAGAGGCUAACAAAGCUAAUGCUCCUGCCGCAUCUUUACCUCCCAUGCCCUCUACAUUAGAGAAAUAUCCUGAAGAGCAAGUCAGGUUUGAGCUGGCAUCAGUUACCGCUAGUGUUGAGGAGGUAACAAGAAGACUGAUGGGAGGAGAGGAACAUGACAGGGAAUCUGACCAGUCUCCAGGCAUCAUACUUGAGAAGUUCAUCACCUCUGGACAGAAUGGGAGUGUUGACAAGGAGCCGUGCCGGAUGACAGCGAGGGACAAUCAACGACAGGGUUUGGACAGCAUUGCUGUGAAUGAAGCCCUUGGGAGCCAGGAGAUAAAGGUUGAAGACAAUAUCUCAGAUGCACCACUGGUUGCACCCACCUGUCAAAGCAGACAGAAUGCAAGUGUGCAGCCACAGCACCAUCGUGAUAUAAGAACUGUUCUGGUGAAGGAGGAGAGCAGCCUCGUGCUGAACGAGGCCCAGUCAACACAGGACAGCAGACACAUCAGAUGGAACGUGGAGCCACUCAGCAACGAAAACACCUCCAGUCCAUUAAUGGAGAGCGGGGAGAUAGCGAGCGACUGUUGCAUCACCCCCGAGUUCAACACCAACCAGUGCAUCUUUUACCCAGUGAAGGAGGAGGACAGGGAGGUUCUCGUGGGAGCUGCUCCGACCAACAGUGGGAAUUUAUCAACAGGGGCAUCCAGUGGUGCCCAGCAGACAGAUCAAGCUACAGAAAGUAACAUAUUGAGCCAUUCUGCACCAGACUACCAGGAAAUGAGAGUGAGAGAACUAUUGUCAGAACCAGGAGUCAGUGGCUUAGCAGAUGGACAAGCUGAGGCAGACGCUGAGUGGCAGCAUCCAACAGACCUUCGGGACUUUCUCCUUCAGAGUUCCGAUGAAGAGGACGUUGGUGGAUUUGAACUGUCCGAUCCUCCGCUGGACUCUGAAGCAGAAAUCAUGGCCUAUUUCUACAAGAACGAAACAAACAGCGCACAGCAGCUAGAUGGGAUGUCAAAAAAUUUGCAAAGUUCAGUGAGUCAGCUCCAAGCACCAAGAGAGGAGAACAGGACCAAAGAACCCAUUGACUACUUCUCUAUGUACUUUGGUUGGGACACCUGGGUAGAAAUUGCCAAUUGCACAAAUAAACUGUCAAACAUGCAGAAACCUGUCUCAGCCAGAGAGGCUGCACAGUUUGUUGGGAUCCACAUUGCAAUGGGAACUUUAAAGUUUCCCAGUCCGAGGCUCUACUGGGAGGACUUGACUAAGGUGCCCCUGGUUGCUGAAGCCAUGCCACUUUCCCGUUUCCUCGAGCUGUCUCGCAUGUUGAAGCUUGCCUCUCCUGCGAAGGAUUCAUUCAACAGUAAUGUUCAGGAAUCAAGAUGUGAUAGUGACUUUCAAAAUAAACAGCGAGAUAAAACUCUGUCAAACAUGCAAAGUGAAAAUUGUCAGCCAAGUGACAGGCAGAGGCAAGGGGACACGCAAAAUGACCUGAACACUUCAAGAACACAAGCUGAUCCUCUUUGGAAGGCUCGGCCAUUAUUGUGCCGUUUCAGAGCAGGGUGUCAGUCACUGAGGCGAGAGGAUGACUAUGCAGUUGACCAAUAUCCACUUCCUAUGAAUGGGAAGAUGCACAAUAAGAAACCGUCUCUUUACUGUACUACAUUAAUUGGAUUUGGCGGUUUACUCUUACACGUCGAUCUUAAAGUGGGUCUGUCCGGCAAAGAAGAUGCUGUAGAAAAAAUGGUCCCCAAAGGCAGCAUGGUGUUUCUUUGCAAACAGGAGCUCUCCACCCCUGCCAUGCUGGAGCGCCUGUUAGUAGCAGGCGUUCAUGGUGCAGGAAGGGUCGGAGGAGCCCGAGGACAGAUCGGAGAUGAGUUUGUCAGCUCAGACGGGAAGCUGAUGUUGCGCAGGUCACACUGUGGCUUCAUACUUUCUACUGCAGGAAAUGGCCAGAGGAACAUGGCUUCACUCAUUGACAACUUUGAGAAGGCCCAGAUGUCGGCUCAACUCAACAGAGAUUUGCAGAAUCUUUACUCUAUCCCUCUCACUGCCUCGGCCCCAACCUGCUGGCCUCAAGCGGUGCUCUGGUACCUAACAGAUCUGGCUUUGGUCAACUCCUGGCUUCUAUACAGGCAGCAUCACAGGACAGCAUCUGCCCCUUUGACUCUCAUGGCCUUCAGAUUAGAGGUGUCCAAGGCUUUGAUUCUCUCCAGCGGUUCUGAUACCCAGGACUCAGUUCCCCCUCAACCCCCCAUGGAGAAGGCUCAUGCAACAAAUGAAACCCCCAAUCCCAGCCUGGUGGAGGAGAGUCCUCUGCCAGACGCAGCCACACGGUACGAUGGUUCAGGCCACUGGCCAGAGCAGCUUGGGGAGGGAGAAGGCGGCAGGUGUCGCUAUGGGGACUGUCAGAGAACAUCUCGGGUGCUAUGCCUUAAGUGCUGUGUCUUUCUUUGUAUCUCACGCCACCACAACUGCUUUUUGAAUUUCCAUAAUCAAGGGAGUUUGGCAAAAAAGUAAUGCCCACUACAGAAAUGACCCCUUAAUUUUUCAACUCUUUUGCUUUCUGAUUUAGAAUGUAACUGUGUAACUUUUGGUGUAUGACAACCCAACUAAUCAAAAAAAUGGUAUUAAAUCCUCUGUCCUCACUUUUUCAUGAUGCCUUUCACUGGCAGUGGCAUUAUUUUGAAGGAUUAUUUGUGCUGCAAUUUAAAAAAACAAAUGCUCUGUGACGUGGCUUAUUAUGUCAUUGAGCAAGUGUAAAAAUUAAUUUGCCUUCAGAAGGAAAUGUAAAAAAAAACAUAGCCAUAUACUUUGUUUUGCAAAAGGGCAAAAUGUAAUUUUUGAUGUUGCAAUUAUCAUGAUUUUUUCUACUAUUUAUUUUAACCUUAUUGAAUAUACAUUCCACGAUGAGCUUCUUUUCUGCUCAAUGAAUUUACAUAUUAUUUAUUUGAAUUUC